CACAAAGUCUGUCUAGGUUCUCUUCACCUAUUGGUCCCAUUACCCCAAAAAUCCACAAGUAUCUAACAAGAAAACUAAAAUUAAAUAAAAAAACCAGAUAAAUUUCAUUUGAAAGUCUUCAACUAGUCCUGUUCUGUUCUCCUUCUAGUACUUGCUUGUUCUGUUGUUAUUAUGAGAAGAAGAAAAACAAGACCCAAAAGUUCUACUUUCUCACACAAGCUGGUUCUGUGUUCUGGGUUAUGUUUUAUUUUAGUUUUGAUGGAUGAAAUGCAAAGUCAAUCUAAUUCUAUUGAAGAAGAAGAGAAAAGUCUGUGAUUUUGGUCUGGGUAUCUUAAAAAUUGCAGCUUUUUUGAAUUUGCUCAGACAGUGUCAUAGAGUCAAAUCAAUCCUUCUUGUGAUUGUUUGCUGAAGUUUGAUUCAAACUGGUUCAAGAAGAUUACUCAUAAGAUCUGAGAAAGCCACUUGGUUCUGUAAGUAACUUCAUACUCUUUAUAUUUCAGAUUUUCUUGAUUAUUGGUUUUUCCCCAAUUUUGUUGUUAACUUAAUAUUAGAACUUCAACUUUUGAUAACCCAAAUUUAUUGAUCAAAGAAAAGUAUGAUUUUGAAUGAGGGGCUCUCAUGAGCUGACCCUUCCAGGUGGAAUUGGAAAUUUGAAAAGUGGUGGAUCUUAAAAUUUGAAAAGUGGGGUUUUUGAUUUUAGAAAGAAGCAUAUUUGGUGUAGAGGUGGAUUGUUGAGCUUGGGUUUUAAGGAGAAGAAUUUUUGUAAUUAUGGGGUAUCUUUUUCCUCAUUGAUUAGCUUGCUUCACUAUUAGGGGUUUAAUGAAUGAACUUGUUGACAUAAGUGAUGAAAAAAGCAGUACUCAUUACAAUGUUAAAAAGACUAGUAGUAAGUGGGUUGUUGGUUUUUGAUCAAUUUGUAUCGGUUUCUGCCGCUGAAAAUGGAUUUCCUAAUUGUAAUUGCGACGAAGAAGAAGGUUACUGGUGGAGUGUAGAGACCAUUUUACAGUGCCAGAAAGUUAGUGACUUUCUAAUUGCCACAGCUUAUUUUUCGAUACCUAUUGAACUUCUUUACUUCCUUAGUUGCGCCAAUGUUCCUUUCAAAUGGGUUCUGUUUCAGUUCAUUGCAUUUAUAGUUCUAUGUGGAAUGACACAUCUACUCAAUGCGUGGACUUACAGUGUGCAUCCGUUUCAGUUGAUGCUCGCAUUAACUGUGUUUAAAUUUCUCACCGCUCUUGUUUCAUGUGCAACUGCGAUUACUCUUGUAACUCUCAUUCCUCUCCUUCUCAAAGUGAAAGUUAGAGAAGUGUUUUUGAAGAAAAAGGCGUGGGAGCUGGAUAGGGAAGUUGGGAUGAUGAAGAAGCAGAAAGAAGCAGGUUGGCAUGUUCGGAUGCUGACCCAUGAGAUACGUAACACUGUGUUGAAUCUCACUCAUGAACUAAAUGUGAAGAAAUCAUCCAAACCAUACAGUCAUUCAAUUCCAAUUUCGGAUCCAGAUGUAAUAGAGAUUGAGGGGAGUGAAGGAGCCAAGAUUCUUAGACCAGAUUCUGCAUUGGGAUUGGCUAGUAGCAGUGGCUCUGAUGAAGUAGGUGCUGUAGCUGCUAUUAGAAUGCAAAUGCUGAGAGUUUCGGAUUUCAAAGGUGGAACACCAGAGUUGAUCCAAGCUUGUUAUGCUAUUCUCGUUUUGGUUCUUCCUGGUGAAAGUUCUAGAGUUUGGAGCAUUCAUGAAUUGGAAAUAGUCGAAGUGGUUGCUGAUCAGGUUGCUGUGGCACUAUCCCAUGCUGCAGUGCUCGAAGAAUCUCAGUUGAUGAGAGAGAAACUUGUGGAGCAGAACCGGGCUCUCCUACAAGCUAGGAAGGAUGCUAUGAUGGCAAGUCAAGCGAGAAUCUCAUUUCAGAAGGUGAUGAGUAAAGGAAUGAGAAGGCCGAUGCAUUCUAUAUCAGGCUUGCUUUCUUUGAUCCAACAAGGGAAUGUAGGAGAUGGGCGACGGAUUGUUAUUGAUACAAUGGCAAAAACAAGUAGUGUGCUCUCAACACUGAUAAAUGAUGUUAUGGAAAUUUCUGCAACGGGUAAUGGAAGAUUUGCAUUAGAGCUAAGAAAAUUCCGGCUUCAUUCCAUGGUAAAGGAAGCAGCUUGCUUAGCCAAAUGCUUCUGUGUUUCUCAUGAUUUUGACUUCUCUCUUGAUAUCGAAAAUUCACUGCCUGAUUAUGUGUUGGGUGAUGAAAAGAGGAUUUUUCAGGUUUUGCUACAUAUGAUUGGUAAUCUUUUGAAUGGUUGGGAUUCAGGAGGACAUGUAAGUUUCCAGGUUUCCUCAGCAAAUGCAAAUCAUAUUAGGAGGAAUGACCAAAGAUGGACACCCAACUCGUAUGGGGGAUAUUCUAGUGUCAAAUUUGAGAUUUCCAUAAACAGCAGUAAUUCUCAGGACAAUUCGAUGAUGCCAGUACCAAUUUCUAACAGGAAACACAACAGUGACGGAAUUGAGAGUAUACUUGGUUUCAGUGUCUGUCAAAAGCUCGUACAGAUGAUGCAAGGGAACAUCAGAGUUGUUCCAAACUCCCGCGGCAUUCCUCAAAUCAUGACCCUGAUACUUAGAUUUCAUCUUCAACCAGCAUUCGGAGGAGCUUCUAUGUUCGAACCAGAGGCAUCAGUGGAUCACCCACCUUCAAAUUCUCUUUUCAGAGGACUUCAAGUUAUAUUAGCUGAUGACGAUGCAGUCAACAGACUUGUUACACGUAAACUGCUUGAAAAACUUGGUUGCAAUGUUUCUGCAGUUUCAUCUGGAUUUGAAUGCUUGAAUACUCUUGGUUCCACAGGAAACUUUUUUCAUAUAGUUCUAUUAGAUCUUCACAUGCCAGAAAUGGAUGGGUUUGAAGUUGCAGUGAGAAUACGAAAGUAUUGCAGCGGGAAUAAGCCAUUUAUCAUAGCUUUGACUGCGAGUGCUGACGAAAAUGUAGGCGAGAAAUGCUUGCAAGUGGGAAUGAAUGGUGUAAUUAGGAAACCAGUUCUACUAAAGGGGUUGGCUGACGAAUUUCGUAGGGUCUUAAAACUUUCAAUCUAAUGUGUGUGUCGAAAUGAUGUCUGUAGAAGUAACAUUGUAUACUAAAUUGAGUAGCUUACCAAAUUUAUUCUUUUAAAGAGUUUUAGAGAGCUUUUCAGUUGAUUCAUGCACUGUAAUUCUGUAGAUUUUAGAUUUUUUUUUUUAAUGUACUCCUUCCAAGUUCCAAGAA